UCUAAGUCAGAAAAUCGCACCAAUUGUUGGAGCAUUAACUUUGACGAAGUUCAAAACAUUUGUUCUAGUAGAUAACCAUCUGGUUACAUAUAAAUACCCAAUAUUUUGUUGGCAACUUACCGUUUCAUGUUUAAAAAGUUGCAUAUAGAUUCGAACUAACCAACGCAUAAUGUUUCAAUUUAAAUUUCAAAUUUAAAAGAACGUCUAGAACUAGAGAAUCAAUGUUUGCAGUUCGUUAACACAAUAUUAAAAAAACUUGCAGAGUUCUGAAAGCAUUUUUGUAGGGUAGGAAAACGGAAGAGGGAUGCAGCGACUGUUGUUGAUUUCGCUUUUGUUUGGAUUUAUAAUCAGCGUAGAGUCUGUUCCAGCAAGCGUAUGUGCAGGAAGACAGUGUUUCGUGGAUGGAUUAUGUAAUACUACUAUUUACAACGACUGCGGGUGUAAAAAGGGCUAUAGAUUUUCGAAUGGAUUAAAUGAUACAUGCGUUGACCAGGACGAAUGCUUUCAUCACAUACACGACCCUUGCGGUCACAGAGGACGGUGCAUCAACACAGUUGGUGAUUACAUAUGCCAGUGUCUCGAAGGCUGGGAACAAAACAGCAGUCGUUGUUUGAAUAAUGUGACGGACCAUCCAAGGUGCAUGCCUGGGUACAAGGGCUACCUCUGUCAAAUAGCAGAGUGUGGACGACAUGGGUUUCCUGAAACAAAAGGGAUCGGCGAAAAAUAUGAAUGCAUAUGUGAGGAAGGUUGGACGCGGACUACAGACAGCAUGAACGCCACGUGCGACCUGGAUAUCAAUGAAUGUGAAGAGAUCCCUGGUAUAUGCCAACAUGGAGCCACCUGUGUAAAUCUGGACGGUAGUUACAAAUGUCAGUGCCCUACAGGAUGGGUCGGAGUGAACUGCACACAAGUCAACUGCACCUCACGAGGCUGCGUUAACGGCGUCUGUGUGGAUGGCGAAUGUCGCUGUUCCUCUCCUUGGACAGGAGACGACUGCUCGUCGCUUCUAACUUCAGUGGUAACGUCAACGAUCAUGCAACCGGACGCCAAUGUCUCUUCGUUGUCUGGUCCAUCUUCAGUGGUACCGUCAACGAUCAUGCAACCGGACGCCAAUGUCUCUUCGUUGUCUGGUCCAUCUUCAGUGGUACCGUCAACGAUCAUGCAACCGGACGCCAAUGUCUCUUCGUUGUCUGGUCCAUCUGACAAAGAAAGGGACACGUAUUCCAUUCCUUUCUUCGUUUCGAUAGCCCUAGCAGCAGGGCUACUUAUCGGUCUUGGAAUUGCGAUGUAUUUGCUAGUAAGGUUCAAAAAGCGGGCGCGCGAUGUCGAGACGAACAAGGAAGACACAACAAAGACACUGGGAUCAAAGUGUCAGAUUCACCCAACAGAUGAUGUGCAAACAUAAAUAAUUUAUUAUAAUAGACAUCGCUGUGAAUGAAGGUCAUAGAAGCUUAGGAACAGAUUUUAUCAUCAUGCACUGUAUCUAAAAUUGUGUUUUGUGGAUUUGUGAAUGUCGUUGUCAUGGGUGCUUUUAAAUUCAAACGGACGUAUGUAAUUUCUGAAUGUUUUGAAAACAAUUUAGUUUUGAUAAUAUAAAAUACGUCCGCGUAUUAAAACAGUGAAAUGACUAUAACGGGAAUCAAAGCAAUCUGACCAUUUGGAAAUAAGAAAUAUUACUUAUUCUUUUCCGAAAUAAAAAGACCUUCAAGUUUAUUUCUUUCCGCAAAGGUAGAUGCUUAUUUAAUGUGUUGCCUCUGCGCAAUUAUAUUGCGUGAAUACUGUUUCAGAAUAUUUGCAUUAAAUCGUAAAACAAUUGAAUUGUAUAGUGUACAUGUUAAAUACGAAUCUUAAAAAAAGAGUUUGCAUAAGGUGAUACAAAUAAUUGUCUGCGGUUUAAUUUUUGUUUUUGGAAGAUCCUUCAAAGUGGCCGUCCAACAGAUUUUGGCAUGUAUUAAAGCAUGUCAUUAAACGCUUUAUAUUGAUAAAUUUAAACAUUUGACCUAAAAAUCUUCAAUACAAAACAAUAAUACAGUUAAAAAAAGGAAAAAAAGUAACCCUCAACAGGGCUCGAACCACUGACCCCUGGAGUCCUUGAGUAAAAAGUCUCCCGCCUAGACCACUCGACCAUCCAUGCUCAAUGUUUACCUAUAUAAACAAUCCUCGUAGUUUCCCAAAAUAUAACUACAACAACAGAACUUUCCAAAUUAUUCAAUCGUUUCGCGUCGCACGACACUUUAUAAUUUUCAGGUUUUCAAAUCGUCAAAAGAUGCAUAUAAUUUAUAUUUAAGAGCAUGGUAAAUGGUCAGUAUUACUAUUUCCUUAAAAAUAUCAUAACAAAAACGAAAAUUUGCGAAUCUGAAACAACUUUUUUGUUAUAUAUUUUGUCAAUUUACCAAUCGGUUGAACGGCCCCUUUAAGCGCUUAAGCAUUUAAUAUUACAUGCUAAGACCAUACGUUUGUUCUGGUUCUGUAUGCAAGUGAUUAAAAGAUUGUCUUGCGUAUCUUUGUAAUUAAGUUGACAAAAUAUUAAAUCUUAACAACUUU